UGGUUACAAAACUGCUCCUGUGUGACCUUGGAGUGAAGCCUCAUCUCGAUCAAACCUCUACAAUGAAGACUCGGUAUCUUUUACACUUGAAUCAUCUUGACUCUAACUCCCAGAAACCACCUUGACAGUGUGAGAUGUAAGGCGAAACUUCUGAACGCAUGCGCGAAAGCUAUCAACAAUUCCAGUCAACUGUGGUUCUUCGAAUGCUGAACGUGUUUCGCUUCGACAAGAACAAAACUUCGUAAACCUUAUCGGACAUUCAAAGUUAUAUAAAAUAUAUAAAUACUGUUUACAUUUAUUUAAAAGUGUGUUAAGUUUGUUUAUUAGUUAUUUCUCAACAGUGUUGUGUGUUUAAAGUGUUUUAAUAUUAAUAUUAAUUGAGUAACCAUCAGUAUGAAGACCACGUGAUCCCGACUGGGAGAUGCGCCGAGAGCGCGCGCUGUUACGUGCGUGGCGCGUAACAUGCGCUCGCUAAACGCAUCAGCUUGCGAGGCGCUGUUAGAAGACGUUCGAUGGGACGAGCCGAGCAGCGUCGCGAGUCUGGCCGUGCUGGCUCUUAUUGACGUGCUCGUCAUCGCAGGCAACUGUCUCGUGAUUGCUGCAGUGCUGUGUUCUUCCAAGCUCCGAAGUGUCACAAAUCUUUUUAUAGUGUCACUGGCAGUAGCAGACCUCCUGGUUGGACUAGCAGUCUUACCAUUCUCUGCAACAAGAGAAGUAUUUAAGGUAUGGAUAUUCGGCGAUGUCUGGUGCUCAGUCUGGCUGGCUGUAGACGUCUGGAUGUGCACAGCAUCCAUCCUGAAUCUCUGCGCCAUCUCACUCGACCGCUACGUGGCUGUGACUCGACCUGUCAGCUAUCCAAGCAUCAUGAGCAGAAAGAGAGCCAAAGCGCUAAUAGCUGGGCUGUGGGUGCUAUCAUUCGUGAUAUGCUUUCCACCGCUCGUUGGAUGGAAAGACAAGAGACCGGAAGACGCAAGCAAAGGCGGAUACAUACAUCCACCGUGUCAGUGGACUUGUGAGCUGACGAAUGACGCAGGCUACGUUGUGUACUCUGCGUUGGGAUCUUUCUACAUACCUAUGUUUGUGAUGCUCUUCUUCUAUUGGAGAAUUUACAAAGCUGCAGUCACAACUACGAAGGCAAUUAACCAGGGAUUCAGGACAACUAAAGGCCUAGGAAAUCGUUUCGACGACAACAGACUUACUCUUCGGAUACAUCGAGGAAGGGCUUCAAGACCUCAUGGCUCACCGCUCUCCAAUGCUUCUAAUCAUUCAACCAGCACCUCUCUUAGUGCUUCGCCUGAAAGACUGAGACGACAUUCAAGUGCCCGGCGAGCGCAUGAAAAAAUCAAGAUAUCAGUAUCCUACCCAUCUUCUGAACAAAUCUGCCCGGCUUUGGAGAACUCUAGAUCUUCCAGUAGAUCACCUAGUCCAUCGUUGUAUGCUGUACAUUUUGAGCGAGAUGGAAGGGAGCUUACAGAAAGCCGCUUGAGGGUUCGGUCGCAGCAUCACUUGUCUCCUGGGCCACUUUAUGAUGAACUGGAGGAUAAACCAAGAACUAGAAGAAUGGGCAAGAGAAAUAUUAAGGCUCAGGUCAAACGGUUCCGGAUGGAGACGAAAGCUGCAAAAACUCUUGGCAUCAUUGUCGGAGGCUUCGUCUUCUGCUGGCUUCCCUUCUUCAGCGUGUACGUUGUACGGGCCUUCUGUGGUGACUGCGUGACUCCGUUAGUCUUCUCUGUGCUUUUCUGGCUUGGUUACUGCAAUUCUGCCAUCAACCCACUUAUAUAUGCACUAUUUUCUAAAGAUUUUAGGUUUGCCUUCAAGCGAAUAAUUUGCAAGUGCUUCUGUCGCAGCGGAGGAUCACGGAGGGAGUCAGACGGUGCAGAGGCAAGGCGUAUUAGAGUCAACCACGUGCAUUCUCACUCCUUAGAAGAACAAGAUCCUAAUGUCAAUAGGUGACGAUGCGCACUGCGACGGCAAAACGCUCAUGUUGAAUCCGUCGCCUGCGUAUAAGUAGUUUUUAUACUAAUCAGUUAGAAACCGUGUAAAAAUCUUAUCUAGAGUAAUCUAUGAGCUAAAAUAAAUCAAUGUAAAGCACAAUUCUAAAUGUUGUAGAUAGAUAUUAAAAUGGCGUUAAAUUUAAUAUCAAAAUUUAUAUCGAAAGUGGGUUACCAAAUAACCAGAUUUAUUUAAAAAAAAUUAAACUAGGAUUUAUAUAAAUUUUUAAUGUUAAACACCCAUGUUGAUACUUGCAGUAUCAGUAUAAUAUAAACGCAUCUGGCACUCAUAACCUAAUGGAUGCAUAGUUAAACAGCUAACCAACCUGUAAUAAUGCAUCAUAUGUUAUCUUUGACAUGUUCAUUUGACCCUUAAGUCGAAGGCGGAAGUUCCAUCUACAUGAUUUACUUUCAUUUUACAGCCUCAACCAACUGCAUAUCUACCUAUGGAAUAAUAUGUUAUGAUUUUUUUAAAGUGAUAACCCUCACUUGGAUUAAUACACAUAACAUAUUGUUUAGAUUUACAAGAGCGACAUCUCAAGUCAAUUUCCUAAUAUGCAAAUAUUGGGGUUAAGCAGGUUAUCAACUGAAAGUAGAUCCUGUAGAUGAACCCACAACCUGAGAGUUGAACAAAGCAAACAGAAUUUUAUACCGCGACGGAACACCGGAGGUCGUGGGUUCAAAUCCCGCAUCAUAAAAAAAAAUUUGUUUAUUUGUGAACCUAUGGAAUAUUAUAUUUUAAUCAAUAAGUAUUACAUACUACCCUGGUAGCCUAUGGUCUCCAAACUGUAGGUACACCAGUUGGGUUGACCGUUGAAAGCACAAGAGGCAUUUAUUCUGUAUGUGCAAUGUCCUAUAUUGCAUUGUUCAUAAUUAACCUUCAAGAAGUUAGAUUACAUACAAUGACAAUUUUUCUUCUUUCUUUGAACUAGAUUUCUUCUUAAAUAAUAAACCCAAAGAUUUACCUCCAGCAUGAACACUUAUGAAAAUGCACAUGCAGUGUGCAUUUGUCAUAUUAUUCAGAAUUGGCCCUUUGAAAAGACUUAAGCUCAAAACCCAUACCAGGGCCUACUCUUAUAGAAUUUAGCAUAACUAUUAGGUUAUUUCUUUGAUAAACGCAAGUGUUACAGAUUUAAAUAAAACACUUUUCAAGGAUUAAAACAUGUGUAAUUGUAACUGAGUUUUUACAUUAGAUUUUGUGUAAAAGUUUAAUUCAUAUUAUUAUUUUAGUUAACCCGAUGUUUCAAUGACCUUUCCAGAAAAUGAGAUCAAAACACACACACAGUUAGAAUCACAUGUGUUUUAAUCCUCAAAGUGUUUUAUUUAAAUAAUAAUUAAGUACCUAUGUAUCUAAUCUGUAAAUAUAUAAUUAGCUAUGAUUUUAAUUGUUGUAAAAAUGUGAUAAAAUUAAGAUAUUGUAGAUAAAAAGCAUUGUUUAUAUAACAUUAAAAAAAGAAUUUUUAUAUGUACCUAUAGUACCUACCUAAUAGUAUCAAUUAUACUAUUUGUAUUUGAUAUAGAGUAAGGUAUAAUUUAUCAAGUAAAUAAUAUACUGGUGCCAUUGCUAAACUACUUAAUGGUUAACUAGAUGAUACCUUAAUAUUAAGUUAAUGCUUACUACAUAACUAUAAAAAUGAGUUUGUAUUUUUGUAUUUGUGCUUGUAAAAUGUAUAUAAUAAGCUGAUAUGUCUAUUACUAAACUAUCGCCAUUUUAUAUUGAUACCAAUUAUUUAUUAGUUAUUUAUGUACUUGUGACUGUUUGAUAGUGACAGCCACUUUCUUAAUUAAAGGUAGCUACUGAAAACCUAAGUUGGUUGAUACUCACCUAAUAUACUAGCAAUACUUUUUGGUGCAAUGGUUUGAAUGCCUAACAAGUUCUUGUUAGGUUUUGUAAAUAUUUCCCUGUAUAUACAGUCUCGAAUAAAGAUGAUAUAAUAUACUUGUAUAAAAUCUUUUUGAAAUGAAAACCUCUUUAUGUAUUUAUUGCUUUAAUUUGCUAUAGAAAGAGACUGAGCUGUCAAAAUUGGCUAUUAAAUGCUUGGCUUACGUAGUCUCAAGUUAAUUUAGUGACCAGUCGAACCAAAUUUUGCCAGAGUAAUUUAUACACAAUACAUAAUUUACGUUAAGAAAGUAUUUUUCUUGUAAUAACAUUACCUUAGUUUUUCUUUCU